GGUAAUGGGAGGAACUCAUGCCAUUGGAGUUUUUUCUCCUUCCAAACCAGUGUCCCACAACAGUUAUGUCAAAAACCAAGCACAUUAUUUAAAAAUGAUUUAAGUACAGCCGAGGGGUAACGGAUCAGACUAUGAUCAUCCCACUGUGUCGGUGAACACAUGACUCCACAGAUAUGACCCUGCCUGCCUGUGCGACUCAGUCUGAAAUGAUGUGUACUGAUCUUCACCCGACCUUUCUCUCGUGUUGCCUGAACAUUGUCAGUGAUAUGUACUCGUGUGCACUGCAGUGACAGAACAACAUGUCCGUGUGUGAAUGUGUCUACACCAGUCUUCUUGCUUUACAUCGGUGUUAACAGCGUGAACAACAUGGCAGCUCUGUGAGUGCUACGAGACAUCGGCAGCUUAAUUACUUGGACCAGCAUCGCCAUGGAAUCAGAGUCGGCGUCGACCAACAGAAGUAAAACAGCUGACUCUUUGGACUGCAUAGAUAUUGUGACACCACUGGCAGAGAACACGUGUCCGGGGACAUCAGAUGCCAUUCCUAUGGAAAGGCUAAACAGCUCAGCACUCGAGCAAAAUGGUGGCAGCCAAGUUAAAAACAACUUAUGGGUUCAAAUCGAGUCUGAGCCUGUAAUCGAAUACGAGAUGAACUCCUUUGUGAAGGUUGUGAAGCAAAGACGAUUAUUACAGAAGCUGGUCUAUAUGUUUUCGGUUUUCUCCAUCAUUCUUCUGACACACAGCCUCUUAGAGGCAACAUGGUUACUGCCGUACUAUUACAGCGUCAGUGCCCCAGUGCUGCUCUUUAUUAGGAUCAUAAUGUACUGUAAUUACAAAUGGCAGUACUUUCUACUGGAGUUUUGUUAUGUUGGACUUGUCAUGCUUUACAUGUUCAUUUGGGCCUUGCCAUAUUCCCCCCGAUUUUUUGCAGUUGUGUUUUCUCUGUCCAACGGCCCACUGCUGUGGGGAAUGGGAAUCUACCAGAACUCAUUUGUUUUCCAUAAUAUCGAGAAGGUGACCUCCGUCUUCAUCCACUUCUUCCCAGCCAUCCUCUGUUUUGUAAUUAGAUGGUACCCUGUGCAAACAUCCAGAAAGUGGUAUGUUCCGUUCCUGUCACGUGAUUGGGAGAUGUCGUUGGUUUGGUUGGUUGUCAUACCUGUUGGUUGUGUCGGCCUCCAUAAUUGUGUGUACAAUGUGAUUGUGCACAUGUUGCUGAAGCCGUCGGAGGACCAUAUUACAAGCUUCAAAUUCUUUAUUGCUAGAAAGGAAAGUGACAUGAUCGUAAAAGCUUUUAACAUCUUUGGAACGAGGUGGCGCAUCUUUGUGUACAAUUUUCUGCACGUACUGGUGUGUGGUGUGUCCAUGUUUGCCUCACUACUGUGGUACAAUUAUUUUAUAGCACACUGUGUAUUUCUCAGCAGUAUGUUCACACUCACUAUUUAUAAUGGUGCUAACUAUUAUAUGGAUGUUUUUAGUGUAAGAGGUUUUGAAAGCGUCCACCGAGGGUAAAAAAAAAAGAGAAUGUUUUUAGGCACUUGCUAUGAAAAUGUGCAGAGUGCCUAUUCCUUCAUUUCAUGUGCCCAUCCAUUUAUCCAGUAACUUGAGAGUAGGAGCAUAGUUGCCCCAUGUACAUUCUAAGUUAAAACACAAAAGCAUCUUGAACCUAAUGCUGUAACAUGUUGAACCUAAAUGUUAACACAAAAUUUUUAAAUCUAUUUGUCAUUGCAUUACAUAUUCUAGUUCAGUCAACCGGUAAAAAGGUGCCAGAAAGCUGUGCUAAAAAAAAAACUGUCUACUAGCACACGUCCCCUUCCAUUGGUCAGAUGGUCUCGUCAUUUAGGAGGUAGACAGCCAUUGUUACUUGUUGAUUACUUCAAUCUCUAAACAAAGAUAGUACCUGACGUCAUGCAAUAUGUAACACUACAUGCCUUCCUUAUAGUGACGUAAUAGUGGCAUAGUGUGAGCAGGGUAAUGAUAUCAUGGUACAAAAAUAAAAUGCAGUGAAUUUGAUAAUAAUUAUACCAAAAUUAUCAUCCUUUUGUAGAUCAGAGGCGGAUCUAGAGAAUAACUUAAGCAAGAAAUAAAGUAAACAAAACCUGAGCAAUACGUAUUCUGUUAUAGUGUAACAGUAAAGAAAUUCCACAUGUUGCCAAAUUAAUCAUGAUUUCUCAGCAUCCAGCACAUCAUCUUUUAGGAUGCUGUUAGAUCAGAAAUGAAUUCCAAAACUCAAAAGAAAAAAUUGAAGUGCCAAAAAUAGUGAAUGUUUUUAUUUUUUGAAGUACGAGAUCCCUAACACUAUCUCAGUACAUCUGUUUAUGUGUGCUAUAUGAUUGUGAUACCACAAUAUCAUUUCUGUAUAAAUUAACAUAUCAGCUGUUUUAGUCAAUUAGAAUAUCAUCAAAAAGGUGUGAAUAGGCCUCAAGAUUUUAAAGAAAUAUAGUAAAAACCCUAAAACCUGGACCCUCUAUAAUCUGACAAGACGUUUUUCACGGUCCGUUUGCUUUUUUGAUAUUGAACAGAACAUAACCUCUUUAAACCAGAUAUUCUUUAAAAUCUGACUUUUUACUUGGUCCCAUGGGUGUCUGGUUUAGAGGAGUUUCAGUGUAAUUGUUUUCAGAAGCAGUUCUAAGUUUGUUUUAGUUUAACAAUACUACUAGAGUACAUGGAUUAAUUAAUCAUCGGGUAUUAAACAUUUGGUAAUUCUGACACAUAGUCAUCAUCAGAAACCCACUACAUUUUU